AUGUCUUGGAUUUUGCACCCAGAGGGCGACGGCGGCGGGCGGGCACAGCGCCCGACGGAGCUGCCACCUUCGCGCAAUGGCCAGACUGCACCAACCAGCGCCGGAGAAGAGGUCCCAGAUCCUGUGGAACGGGACAGACUCGUAUCAACGAAGCAGGCGAACCAACCAUUCCUCGGACAUUCACAAUACCGCAAGCAGCAGGAAAAGGAGCAUGAAGAGUGGGCCAAGCGCAAGAAGGAGCGGGAGGAGAAGAUUGCGCGAGGUGAACCUGUAGGGCCGGAGGAGCCUGACCCCACGGAGGAACCUGAGGUCGGCUGCCUCGGCCUCAUGAAGUUUCUCCUCUAUGCCGUUAUAUUCGUCCUUCUGACUGGCAAGUUCAUCACCGGAAGUUACUUGUGGGAGCUGGAGCCCCCGAACUGGCGGAAACUUAUUCCGACGAACCAACGUUUAUUUUCAGAGGGCACGCUGGCAACGUUCGAUGGUUCAAACACUGGGAAACCCGUUUAUCUUGCCAUCGAUGGCGACGUGUACGAUGUGACCGUUAGCCGCGCGACAUACGGGCCUGGUGGCCCCUACCACAUGAUGGCCGGACGAGACGCCGCCCGUGCGUUCGGAACGGGAUGUUUCGCCACGCACCUAACGCACGACCUUCGCGGGUUAAGCGAGCAAGAAAUGAAGGGCGUGCAGAAUUGGAAGGAGUUCUAUGCUAAACAUAAGAAGUACGUCAAGGUCGGACGCGUUUCUCAUCCGCCCGUUGAUCCUGCGAGCCCCAUACCGGAACACUGUGAUCCGAGCAAGGCGAAACCGCAAGCACCGUGGCUGGAGCAGCGACUGAAGGAGGGCGACCCGCACCGUGGUGAACUGUAA